UUUUUCUCGCUUUAAAGAUACCAUAAAUAGUUUAGCGAUAGCAACUGUCCGAAUUCAUGUGUUGUUAAGUGGAUAAAAACAAGACAAAUUUGCGGUAAUUUCAAUGUCAUAAUGUAAUGGUGGUCACCUUUCCUCUAUCCUUGUAUCUAUCGGAUAGAUCGAGAUGGAUUUAGUGGACUUGGAUCCACUCUCUGCCCGAUCGACCUCUUCAGUUGAAGAUGGAGCAAGUAGCACCAGGAGCAAGAAAUCAAAGACCCUAGCAAGACUCAGAAAAUUGAAGAAAACCAACAAUUCACUGAGCGACCCGUCCAAGGAUGUCUUGGUACCCCACCCACCAGACAGCCAGCAGAGAGAUGGUCUGUCUGAUAGGAGGUUGUCUAAUGGUUUUGUAAAUGGUGGAUCAGCACUUUCUGAUGACCUCACACAGUCCACCAAGACAGGAAGGGACAGAGUCAAUGACAUCAUCACUGGGGAUGAUAGGGGAAAGGUCACAGGCCUUGACCCUUUGCCAUCAUCCAACCGACUGGAUUGGGGAGAGAAGUCGACCUUGAAUUCCUCCCUGUUUUCCUCACCUCUUGACCCCAUGAAACCAACGAGACGAGGCCUGGGAGGGCUUGAAUCCCUCGCUCCACGAGCAGUGCUGGAACCACUGGAGAAACCAAAGACAAAGUCCCAAAUGAAGCCAGAAGAAAACAUAGACAGGGUAGGCAUUAGAACGAAUGGGAUUUCAGAGAAUGGGAUUUUCGAAGUUGAGGAAGCAGCAAAGGAGACAUACGAUACACCUUCGCAGAGGGGAACUGCAUUGAGGAUAGAUGGUGUUGUGGAGACAGAAACAAGUGAUUCGCAACAUUUUGGCUCGUUUCCAGACAGAAACUCUAUUCAGGAAAAUGAUGUUGUGAGUUUAUCAAGUGUGGAGAAACACCUUCCAUCUGAAACAAAUCUUGAGACAAAAUCUCAUGCUCAUGAAAGAGAACAAAUAAAAGAUGUCCUUUCAAAGUCAGGUGACAUGUUAGGGGAUGAUGAUGGCGAUGCGCUUGAUAUUUUACCGGAUGACGGAGAAUCAAGUGAUCUAAGAAGUGAUGUUGUAGUUUCUAGUGCAAUGAAAGAAAGGACAAACAUAAGCAGUACAUUUAGUGACAUGACAAACACUCAAUUCACUUGGAAGUGA